CAAAUCUCGUUUCCAAGCUAUACACACGUGGAAAAAUGGCGCCGCCUGUUGCCGAGAACGUUCUUGUUGCAUUAAUCUGUGUUACCGUCGCUAUCAUAUACAGUGGAAAGACAGAAUUUGCAUUGCAGAAAAUUAGUGAAAUAAUUCACCGGAAGCCAGGCUGUAACCCAAUACCGUCGGUUGAAAAUGUCACCCUUCAUUACUUUGCAGGUAGGGGGCGGGGUGAAGCUAUUCGAAUGUUGAUGGCCAAUGCGGAAGUACCAUGGUCAGAGACUAAAUUUACAAAGGAAUCGUGGCCAGAAGCGAAAGAAGCUGGAGUUAGUAAUGGGAUAUAUACGUUUGGACAAGUGCCUGCAGUUACAACAAGUGGGGGACAUCAUCUUGUUCAGUCAAUAGCAAUUCUUCACUACCUGGGUCGCUCAGUUGGCUAUGAUUGUGACUGUGCAGAUUUACACUGGUGUGAGCAAAUUGCACUUGGCCUUGAGGACAUUACACAGAGGUUGUCAAAAUUGGUUUAUAAUAAGGACGAUUUCAUAGUUGAGAAGAUUGAUGAAUAUCUGGACACAACACUACCCACCUGGCUUACCUUUUUUGAAAAGAUUGCUCCAGUUCUUGAUGAAAGUGCCAAGGAACUGACAUUUGCAAGUGAAAGAUUGACAUGGGUGGAUUUUCUUGUUUUCAAUAUGAUUGAGAAAAAUUAUGCCUUUGAGAAUGCAGUUAGUGGAGCUAGAGGUAAAUCUGUCGAUGUACUGGAAAAGUUUCCAAAGCUGAAAAGAUUCUACGAAGAGUUUCAAAACAGACCAAAACUUCAUGCCUAUUUGAACAACAAGGAAAGACCACCAUUUAAGUUGCCCUUCCCUAUCAUCAAUUAAAAACAAGAUUCUUAAAAGCUUCUGGUUCACUUAAACAUAUUUGUUUUCUCUUUUACUGCAUUCUAUGCACUAAGUAGAAGUGGUGGGGUUGGGAUUUUCGGAAACCUAUCUGAAAAAUGUUGUUAAACAUAUUUUUUUGUUUUGAAAAUAUUGAUAAAUUAAAAAAACUUGAAAAAUCAUGGUACUUGUCCCACCUUUCAGGAGACCUGAUUUCUGCUGCUAAGAAGUAUGUACCGGCUGAAGUUUCCAAAAGUUUCUAUUCCAAAAAAAGCUUUGUCACAUAAACUACAAUGAUGUUACGUUUUUGAAUACAAAACAGAAAGGGUAAAAUCACUGGUCCUUUUCACCCUAACAUAAGCAGCUAUUUUAUUUGCAAUGUCACCAUUUGAGGCAUUUCACUCUGCUUUUAAUACGGGAAGGUCCUUUUCUGACAAUAUUAUAUUGAAAGAAAUGUGAAUUGACCAACCAAAUAACAAUACUUAGACAGCUGUUAUUAUAAAGUGUCCAUCUAACAAAAAACUGAGAUAAAAAGGCUGCUCUAGAAAUCUUACACCACAUUUGCGGUAGUCUGUGUGAUCCUGUCAACCUUUAAAUAAAUCUAUGUUAAACAAAAAAUAGUUUGUGUAAAUUAACCUGUUCUUGCUUCUUAAAAAGGUCCAUAUCAUGAAAUGUAUAUGCAUUUGUGAAUUGUAUCUUCUCGUACAAACGAAUUUUUCUCAUGAACAUAAUAUGAAGCAACUCAACAGAUGUUUUCAGUUUCCUUAGUAUUUUUUCUCUGCAGCAUGGUUAAUGACUUAAUAAUAUUUACUUGGAUUAGCUUUGAAUCAACUAAAUCCAUUUAUCACCAACACAAAACUGUUAUGACCACAGUGAGGGUUAAAUUUUUGCAGGGGCUUCACUUAGGAAAAAAUGUCUGAUAUACAUAAACUCUGACAUAUGCAGAAAGUUUCUAAAUUUGAGAAAUUUAACAUUAAAGUUAUCCAACUGAACUAAUUUUUGAAAAAAUUGAGAAUGUUUUGCAAACAGAAUUAAAAUGUUUAAUUGUUCUUCUUUGCUUUCUGAAAAAUUUUAUACAUUUUAAUGCAUGAAUUAUAAAUUCAAAAUUAUUUUUGUGAAACAAGACUGUCAUUAUAACUCUUUGUUUGAGCAUUUUGAAAAGCGUCAACUCUUGUAGCUUUCUUCACACAAUGUUAAAACUGUUACAGCUUUGACUUAAACUUCUUCAUUAGCUUUUCCAGUUUCAUUGCCAUCAUCAUGUCACCUCCAAUUUUCAGUUUUCCUCCCAUAAAAGCUUGGGCAGGGUUCAAUUCUCCAUUAAACAUUUUAAUAAAGUCUUCAGUUUUCAAUUCCAUUGUCACAUUUGCCCCUUCUGGUGCACCUCCUUCACCAACAGACCCUGAAGAUGUAACAUAAAAGACAUAUUAUUUGAACCAUGUUAAUAUAAUUGUAAUUUUAAAGUCUAAACUAUCUAGCAUAGAGCUUAAACUGUUAAAGAUUACAGUUGUUUUAUGCAUUUUAAAAACAAGACCAGAUUACAGGUGAUUGAUAGGUAAUGAGCCUGUGUUUAUGUGGAUAUUUUCUGCUAGUUUGUAACUGAAUUCCCACAUUUAGAUAUAGAGAUAUUUCAUUACCAUCUUGAUUAAAACACUUCUGAGCGUGAUUAUUUAUGAAAUCAUCACUUAAGACACUUAAUUGCACUAAAACUAAAAACAUAAUUAUGUAUCAUUGAGGCUUAGCAUGGUGGAUACCGUAAAUCCUCCAAUUAAUGCCAGGGCGUUUAUUUAGUUUUUUACUUUUGAUGGGGGUGUUUAUUAGAAGGAGGUGUUUAUUUCAAAAAUUAAAAAAUCUCUUUCAUCAUGUUAAACAGAAGUACUUUCAUCAUAUUAAACACAAAUAACAGAUAACAAUUAAACACAAAUAACAAUCAUCCUCGUCUUCAUCUUCCUUGAGGAGAUUGAACGGCUGAUUUGCAUCUUCAAUAUCUGAAUCUACUGGCUCCAUAAUGAAUGGGUUGACAUCUAGCUCCUUGUCAUGGAGCAACAAAGUUUUAUCUCUUAAAAGAAAGGGCUCCCUCAGUGGAGCACAGUUGAUUUUCCUUAAAACAAUGGAUCUUGCGGUCUUCACUGCCAUCUGUCUUCAAAUUAACUUCGCACCCUUGGAAUGCCUCGAUGACAAGAUCUUUUUUUAUCAUUUGCCAAGCUUGUAAAAUACAUUGAACAACAAUGCUCUUUGGUGCUGGCUUCAUGUUUCCUGCUUCGGUAUACUGGUGUAUGCGAUGUGCUAACCACUCUUCAUACAUCUCUGCAAUAUACCCUUUAAAGGGUUUGUUCCAAUAUACAUACAUCAGGGAUCUGAAUGUAUUUUGUGCAGCCACCUGGAACCAAUGCACUUUUGACUUUCAUUCCCUUUAAAGUGCAUUUGACUUAUUCUGUUAGAUGAGCUUUAAAUGUAUCCCAUACAUGAAGUCUCUUAUGAAAAAAACAACCCAACAACCUCUUUACACCACUGUAUCGUAAGUUGUUCGCUAACCCAACCAUUUGGUGAUGAUGUUACAAUGCAAUCCGAACUCCUUAUUCAAUGCAGCAGACUCUCUUUGGGAAGGGGAGUUUAUUAGAGGUAGGCGUUUAAAAGAGGGAAGCGUUUAUUUCAUAUUUACGACUAAUUAAGGGGAGGGCUGUUUAUUGGAGGGAGGGUUUAAAAGAAGGGGGCGUUCAUUGGAGGAUUUAUAGUAUCUUAUUUAGAUUUUACAAGUUUCACAACCUGCUUCCAAAAAAACAACUAUACCUGAGCCAUUCUUUAAAUCCAAGUACCAUUCUGCUUCUUUGUCUCCUUUUAGCUUGAACUGGAAUACACCAUUCACACUUUGAACCAAAUCAUCACUUACAAGACCUUUAAUCUUCUCAAAAACAUACCCGACUUGGUCACCACUACUAGAAUCAGCUGAACUUUCUGGCCUUCCUUGCCUUUUCUUCAUAUCUUUCAUAAACUCUUCUUUUUGUUCUGUACUCGCAUCAUCAAGGAAGAAGUCAGGAAGCAGUUCAG